AAUAAAAAUGUAGAGAGAGAAACUUAUCAGAGAGAGAGAGAAAGUUGCAGGUUUUAUUGCAGAGCUCUUGCAGAGAGACUAUUUUAACUUUAUCUGUGAAAUAAUGCUCUCUCUUUCUAGCUGUUACUAAUUUCCCCUUUCUCUCCCUCUCUCUCUCUCUCUCUCUCUCUCUCUUUUUCUCUUGCAGUUGUGGCUUUGGUACUGAACACUCAAUGAGAGCUCUGUAGCUUACAGGCCUAUCUUGCCAGACCCGAUGUGAUUGAACAAACAAAGCCAUAAGGCUACUUCUCUUCUUCUUCUCCUUCUUCUCAAUUAUAGAUACCCUAAAUUUGAAAAAGAGAAGCAAAAGUAGAAUCCUUUCUCUCACUUCAUAACUUCACUGCAGUGAGCUACAUUCAAUGCCGGCGACUUCAAUGAGAACUUAAGCUAUUUUUUCUCCUUGCUUUUCUUAUUCCGAGUUAUAACUAAAGGGAAAAGGCUAGGCUUGGCUUUUGGGUCAAAGCUCAAAGGUGCUUAGACGCUGUUGUGCAAGAGUUGGAAGGGAUGUGUAGUGUGGUUUGAAAAUAGGGUUCCUUUUUAGGAUAAUUUAUGGCAUUUUGGGUGGAAUUUCUCCUCUUGGCUCUUCCCCUUUGCUUGGGUUUUGGCUCUGUGCUUUCCGACGACGGGGCGGCACUGUUGGAGAUAAAGAAAUCAUUUAGGGAUGUAGACAAUGUUCUUUAUGACUGGACAGACUCCCCAUCUUCAUCUUCAGACUACUGUGUUUGGAGAGGAGUCACUUGUGAUAAUACCACCUUCAAUGUCAUUGCACUUAAUCUUUCAGGUUUGAACCUUGAUGGGGAGAUUUCGCCCUCGAUAGGAAAUCUCAAAGACCUGGUUUCCAUUGAUCUCAGGGGAAAUCGUCUCUCUGGGCAGAUCCCUGAUGAGAUUGGUGACUGCUCAUCUUUGAAAAGCCUGGACCUGUCUUUUAAUGAGAUAUAUGGAGACAUUCCAUUUUCAAUUUCAAAGUUGAAGCAGCUAGAAUUUCUGAUUUUGAAGAAUAAUCAAUUGGUUGGACCAAUUCCAUCUACAUUGUCCCAGAUUCCAAACUUGAAAGUUCUAGAUCUGGCACAAAAUAAACUCAGUGGUGAGAUACCUAGACUAAUAUACUGGAAUGAAGUUUUGCAGUAUCUUGGUUUGCGAGGGAACAAUUUGGUGGGUACACUCUCUCCAGAUAUGUGUCAGCUGACUGGGCUGUGGUAUUUCGAUGUAAGAAACAACAGUUUAACUGGGAGUAUUCCUCAAGUCAUAGGCAACUGUACUUCCUUCCAGGUCUUGGACUUGUCCUACAACAAGCUAACAGGAGAGAUUCCAUUCAACAUUGGGUUCUUACAAGUAGCUACAUUGUCCUUGCAAGGUAAUCAGCUGGGAGGGACGAUUCCAUCAGUAAUUGGACUGAUGCAGGCACUUGCCGUAUUAGAUCUAAGUUGCAACAUGUUGACUGGCCCCAUCCCUCCUAUUUUGGGAAAUUUGACUUACACAGAAAAACUGUAUUUGCAUGGUAAUAAGCUGACUGGAUCCAUUCCCCCAGAGCUUGGAAAUAUGACAAGGCUACAUUACUUGGAACUAAAUGAUAAUCAACUCACAGGGCGCAUCCCAGCAGAGCUUGGAAAACUCACCGACUUGUUUGAUCUAAAUGUUGCCAACAACCACCUUGAAGGGCCUAUACCUGAUAAUCUUAGCUCUUGCACAAAUCUCAACAGCCUCAAUGUUCACGGUAACAAGUUGAAUGGAAGCAUACCACGUGCUUUUCAGAGGCUUGAGAGUAUGACAUAUUUGAAUCUCUCCUCGAAUAACAUUGGGGGUAUUGUUCCUAUUGAGCUAUCAAGAAUUGGUAAUUUGGAUACUUUGGAUAUUUCUAAUAACAAAAUUAGCGGGUCUAUUCCUUCUUCACUUGGUGACUUGGAACAUCUCCUAAAGCUGAAUUUAAGCAGAAACCAAUUAUCAGGAGUUAUUCCCGCAGAGUUUGGUAACCUGAGAAGUGUUAUGGAGAUAGAUCUUUCAAAUAAUCAUCUCUCAGGAGUGAUUCCUGAGGAACUAAGUCAACUUCAAAACAUAUUUUCAUUGAGACUUGAAAAUAAUAAUCUUUCAGGAGAUGUAAUGUCUCUGAUCAACUGCCUCAGUCUCACUGUCUUAAAUGUUUCCUACAACAACCUAGUUGGUGUGAUUCCUACAAGCAAUAACUUCUCAAGGUUUUCACCUAACAGUUUUAUUGGAAAUCCUGGUCUUUGUGGCUACUGGCUCAAUUCUCCAUGCAGUGAGUCUCAUCCAAUAGAAAGAGUUACAAUUUCUAAAGCAGCAAUCCUUGGAAUUGCUCUUGGAGCCCUUGUUAUUCUUCUCAUGAUCUUAGUAGCAGCAUGUCGACCGCAUAACCCAAUGCCUUUCCCAGAUGGAUCACUUGACAAACCAGUUACUUAUACUACGCCGAAGUUGGUGAUCCUUCACAUGAAUAUGGCACUCCAUGUAUAUGAGGAUAUCAUGAGGAUGACUGAGAAUUUGAGUGAGAAGUAUAUAAUUGGUUAUGGAGCAUCAAGCACUGUGUACAAAUGUGUACUUAAAAAUUGCAAGCCAGUGGCUAUCAAGAGGCUCUACUCUCAUUAUCCUCAGUGCCUGAAGGAAUUUGAGACAGAACUUGAGACAGUUGGAAGUAUCAAGCAUCGGAAUCUGGUUAGCCUCCAAGGAUAUUCGCUGUCCCCAUCUGGCAACCUCCUUUUUUAUGAUUAUAUGGAAAAUGGCAGUCUCUGGGAUCUCCUGCAUGGCCCUACAAAGAAGAAGAAGCUCGACUGGGAUACUCGUCUUCAGAUAGCUCUAGGAGCAGCUCAAGGGCUAUCAUAUCUACACCAUGAUUGUAAUCCACGCAUCAUUCACAGGGAUGUAAAGUCAUCAAACAUUCUAUUGGACAAGGAUUUUGAGGCUCAUCUCACUGACUUUGGCAUUGCAAAGAGCUUGUGUGUGUCAAAAUCCCAUACUUCUACAUACAUAAUGGGCACCAUUGGUUAUAUAGACCCUGAGUAUGCCCGCACCUCCCGACUUACAGAAAAGUCAGAUGUGUACAGUUAUGGGAUUGUUCUACUUGAAUUGCUGACUGGAAAAAAAGCAGUCGACAACGAAUGCAAUCUUCAUCAUCUGAUAUUAUCCAAGACAGCCAACAAUGCUGUUAUGGAAACUGUCGAUCCUGAGAUCACGGCUACUUGUAAAGAUCUAGGAGCUGUAAAGAAAGUUUUUCAACUUGCUCUUCUGUGCACAAAGAGACAACCAUCAGACCGUCCAACUAUGCAUGAAGUAACACGAGUCCUCGGGAGUCUUGUGCCAUCUACUCUGCCACCAAAACAAUGCAGCCCCGCCCCACCUGCACCAGUCCCAUCCGCUAAAGUUUCGUGCUAUAUGGAUGAGUAUGCAAAUCUCAAGACUCCACACAUGGUGAAUUGUCCCUCCAUGAGCACAUCAGAUGCACAACUGUUCCUGAAAUUUGGAGAGGUAAUUUCCCAGACAAGUGAAAGAAAUGUUCAAGUAUCAUCAUAGUAGGAUAAUUAGAUAUUCCAACAGUGGGUAUUUGGCUAGUGGAUGCUUUUGCUUUUUAACCUGUGAUAAGGGGUUAAUGGCUGAUGGGUGAGUGGAAAUUUCUGUACAAAGAUUUAGUAUCAAUUGUUGUAGCUAAUGAUAAAAAGAAGAAAAAAGAUGAGACUACUUUUACUGAUA